AUGUUCAUGCAUUUAAUGAAGAAUCUACCAUUUGUAUAAUUACCAGUUUAUCAUAAAAUAUUAUUUAUAUAAUGUUUUCGUAAUAAAACUGGUGGAAUUUCCGUGUAUACAAACCAGAUUAAAUUAGCGACAGCAAGGUGACUUGUACAUAAAGUUUUUCGAUGUGGCUCUUGUGCAACGCGGUUUUUCUGGUUCCUUUAUUGGUUGUCAUUGUUAAGAGUGAGAAUGAGAAGUUUUUGGUUUUUAGUAAAUCAAAAGUUACCUGGUAUCAGGCCCUAAUUGAAUGUAAACGAAUAAAGAGGGAGCUGGCCACCAUAAACUCCGAAAAAGAAGAAUUAGAGUUGGACAAUUUUUUGUUAAAUAACAACUUCGACAAAACUUAUUGGAUGGGAGCGACCAAGGAGGGCAACGGCGAAUAUUAUUGGGCGACAACCGGUGAAAAAAUGAACUACACAUUUUGGGUAAAUGGACAACCGGACAAUACCAAGUACGACCUGAACUGGGACGAAGGCGAACACUGUUUGGCAUGGACGGUUCAGAGCAACCAGGUGUUUUACGGUUGGAACGACGUCACUUGUUUGGAACCCCAUUAUUAUAUUUGUCAGAAAUUCGAAGACUGUGAUUAAAAGUUUUUUUUUUAAUAAAAAAUUGUAUAACUAAAAA